UAGAAAAACAUCAAAUUUUUGCACACCUACCGUCAAAAAAGGGCUUUAUUCCUCAUCCUAUAAAUAACUACCAUCAUAUUUUCGGAGAUCAAAUUCAUCGAAUUUCAAACCAAUUUAGGGGUUCUCAAAAUUGUGAGAAUUAAGCACCUUCGUUGUCAUCUGUAAGUCUUCAAGUCGCGACUAAAAGGGAAUAAAGGAGCUGUUGUAAUCUCAAAAUAACUCAUUUUGGAUCACUUUUGAGAGAACAACCCAAAACUAUUUCCAUCCAGUUAUCUUCAUAAUUUCAGGGGUUCUCCAAGUUGAAAUUUUCGAUUUCAGCGUCAUUAUGAGCAAUUCAUUCGUAACAUCCGGUAACCUUACCCGUUGAAAGAUAAUAAAAAUGAAGCUGUCAAAACCAGUCACUAAUACCUACACUUCGAAAAACACGUAGGUAGGUCAGUACCUACAAGUAAAAACAAAAAAAUUAACAAAGAGACAAGAGAGAAACUAUUGUGCAUAGGUAAGUAGGUAGGUAGAGAUAGGUACGUCAUAGCCUACGUAAAAACACCUUUCUGACGUUAAAUAAACCUUUCAAAAGCAGAUAGGAAAAUAUUCAGCUCAGUGCAUUCCACAAUAUGUUUGCUCAUUAGACGAUAUAAGUAAUAUAAUGUCAUUUUUCCUUUAUUUCGCAGAUGAACAUCUACUAUAAGUAAAUCAGUCGUAAAAUUAUGGAAAGACCAAUCGCAGCACCAUUAACAGGCGUAGCAAGAGCGAAAUACGUAAGAGACUUCACCGGUAGAAUCAACAACCACGACAAAUUCGCCGACAUUUUUUCCUCCAAUAAAACACAAUUAUUAGCCAAGUCGAGAAAAUCAUUCGAUCCCAAGACCAACGUCACCAUCUCAGCCAAGAAAAAACGAAAACUCGUACCAAAACUCAGCGUAAAAUUACAACAAAAAAAAGAUCCGGAUCAAGAAUACAUCGUGCAACGUAUGAAAUUCCUCAGACAAAGCAUCGAAAUCGUCAACGAAGCUGUGAAUAGAACGAUGAAAAACCCCGAAAGUCUCAAACCACCCGCCAUUCGUUUCACGCAAACUAAAUUUCAGCAAUUUAAAAACAAAUCGUUCGAAAUCGAGAAACAAAAACUCGAAGAAAUGUAUAAAGCUGAUAUGCAGAAUUUGAACUUAUCCAUGGAACCGAUAGCAGAACCGAACGAUGAUAAGAGAUCAAAAUCUUUGAUACGUGCACCAAAACCACAUCCAGAGGAACCAGAGAGUCCUACGGAAAUCACGAAACCUUGCACCAUAGAUCAUAAUUUGGCAACCACUCGUAGUAUAAUUUUGCAAGAUUCGCAAAAAAAUGAUGAAGAUAACGUAGUCGAAAUUCAACCAAAGGAAGAUCGUCAUCAACCAGAGACGACUCGAACCGAACCAUCAAAAGAGGUACCACAAAUUCAACCAUCGGAGCAAAUUCGAGAAUCACCUAGUCAAGAUAACAGCAACGAUAAGGCUAUUCAACUGUGUCAAAAUCAAUUACAAAAUAUCAAUUUAAAUUCUAAUCAUUGUAACGCUCUUGUGCCACUAAACAAUAUCGCAACGAGUAGGCGGAUAUGUCAUCGAAAUAAACGCUUCAGACGACACUUGAUGAAACCGUUUUGUGCUCAUUGCCACGAUCUGAUUACCGAUGUAGCUUAUUUCAGUGGAACUCAACAACUUUGUUUCGAAUGUGCCGACAGACAUUAUGAAAGAGUAUCGAGAGCGAGGUUUCGAGAUAGGCCAAUGGGAUAUCGAGAAUUUAAAAAUAUAGGCGGCGAUACGAUUUAUAACAAAAGCUGAGAUUAUUCGGGUAAUAUUUUUUAAAAAUUUAUUUAAAAAAUUUUUGGAUACUGAAAUUGUAAAAAUUUUGCUGUAAAAUUAUUAUAGCUAUUAAAAAUUUGGUGUCAAUAUUUUUACUUAUUUUUUUUCUCUCUGUAUAUAAGUCAGUUGAAAUUUGAAAUGUUGAUGUCUUAUUUCUUGCUUUCAAAAUAAUUGUUAUUUUUUACUUCUUCGAAUAAUAUUUUUCGUCAGUUACCCUUUCAUCCCGCCAUCCGAGAAAAUACUUAGAAUCAGUAACUCAGCUACUAAUUUUGCUCAUUGAAUGGCUCACAAAAAAAUACUUGAAAUUUUAAAAAUUAUUCUUUAAAUUGCAUUAUUUUAGUAAUAAAAAAAAAAAGAUUUUAUGGUCAUUAUUUUAAGAAAUCUCGUUUCUAACAUUUGAGUCACAACCACUGUUGAAAGCUGAAUAUUAUUGGCAUAAAUAGGAAAUUUUUUUCUGUUUUUUUUUUUUUUUUUUUUUUGAAAGAGGAGGAACAAACUUAAAACUUCGCAUUUUUCUGAAAACAUUUUGGUCUAAAAAAACACUUUUUCCCAAUCAUGUAGUGAUCCUCAAAAUCCGAUGGUGUGAUAAGAUAAUCAAUGAAAUUGAAAGAUGAUUUCUAGAGUUGUGAGUGUGACUGCUCAAACGUACACUUCGGAAUUUCGAGACAUUUUU